AUUAUUGAUACAGAUUAUUUUAAUAGAAAUCAUGAUGAGAUAAUUUUGCUUUAUAAAUUACCAUUAUAUUGCAAAAUAACUUGAUUGGAUUAAAUAUGGAGUUUGAACAAAGUUAUUGUCAACAUUUUAAAAGCAUACAGAGAGCAAUAAAGAAAUUGUGCCGUUUUAAUUUUUAUUUAACUAGUUAAGUAUCUUGAGUGCCGUUUUAAAUGGCAGUGACAAAAAAAAAAAAAAGAAAGGCAUCUAACAAAAUCAUCUGUGUUUUGUGUAAGCAUAAAAUAUCUGUUGGUUGUUGCUCCAUUGUUGCUACAUUCACAAAGACAGCAACAAAGCUAUCCCUGGCAAACUCUCAACUGAUUUGUUGCCAUGACAACUAAUGGCCAACAGCUGAUACAUGUUAGCAGCAUUUAAGGUGGUUCUUCCUGGAUUAUGUCUAAAUUGAAGAUAACAUUAUAUAUGUAAUAUAUAUAAAUAUCUUUUAGAACUAGUAUUCUGUUUACUACAACAGGUAUACGGACAGACAACAAAAUAUGCAGAGGAUUCAUUAAGCAACAUGGAUUUGAUAAAACGCACCAAAUCAAAGGUGGGCCGCCUACAAAAUCUGAAAGGCCAACAGCUCUACAGACAACUCCUCAACAAUGCCACCUGCGGUCUCACCUUCUCCAAAGAUGUUAUAUGGGAGAUGGGGUCAGACGGUAUACCUUACAGUCAAGCUGACUUCCACUGGCUUUUCAAUACCUCUGGACCUCUGGCACCAAGUCCCAAGCCAAAGAGCACAGGGAUAAAAUCAUUGAAAGGUAUCCCCCUUCAUCCUUCAUCUCAGGAUCCUGCCAAGAACAGAGGUUUCAGAGACCCUCCCUCUAUGCUCCCUGAAUUACAAAUAUCACAUCUUGCUCCAUUGACUGCCAAAGACUCCUUUACACUCCCUAGUCACCAGGGGGGGCUCUUGGAUUCCUUUAAAAGGACAGGACUACGAGGAGUUUCUAAUGUUUACAACUGUCUCAAGGAAGCAUCUACAGGAGGCAGGGAGGACCGUUUAAAGAGCUGCCACUGGGAUGAGUUUGUGCUAAAGAAGCUGACCAAGACCACAGCCCAGUGGAUAGUGAGUCAACAGAUUCCAAACCAGUGCCAGAAUAAGACUCGGCUGCAGUCACUGCUGAGGAGUCAGUAUGGUUCAGCCAGCGCCACAGAUCUAGUCAAUGAGGAGCCCAUGUGUGAGGAGGAUUUCUGCAGCUACCAAGAUCUCCACAAGCAGACUGAGAAGCAGCAGGCUCUUCAGAGCAGCAAGGCUGAGACACCUCUUCCAGUAUACUACAGGGUGCAGGGCUACUCUCUUCCCCCUGCAUGUUCUGAUGAGCCUGGGGGUAUGAACCAGACUGCCAACACUGUAGCAGUCAAGCACAUUGAAACCCCUCAACCUCCUCAUCUUCAGGAUAGCCUCAACCCCCGUGCUGGAAGCCAUGUCUUGCACACAGAGAAUAACUUUGAACAGGAGCUAUUUUCUGGAAUAGCCAAACAGGUACAUCAGCGAGAUCCACGGAACCACGAUCGCAUCAUCAUGGACAACAAUUCAGAAUACCAAAAGAACCUUCAAGACUUUUUCCCCUGUGGUCCAGAUAAGUGGACGAAGGCUUCAGCAGCAACCAUGCACAAUGAGACACAAGGAAUGCGACGGGUGGAGAAAGGUACUUGGCGGUGGGUGGACCUGCCUACCACUGCUGACUACGCCACAGAGGUGGGUCUGAGACCUCCUGACUACAGCGGGAAGGACACAGAGGUGCCCAGACAGCAACCCCACUACAACCCUAUGGCUGAGCUCUCCUCCUUACGUUAUGCAGUGGAGGGAUGGAGGAGUGCCUGGAAGAUCAAGAUCACCUGGCAGAGUGUGACUAUUGAAGGGCUGAAGAGGGCCCUUGAAGACCUUCACUACCACGUUCGCCUGUCAGCUAUAGCCACUUGUGCAUCAGGGGCAGUGAACAGACCGAGGGAAAAGCAACAUCCCACAGAUGCAGGUCAGUAUGGCCGUGUGUGGGACAUCCAGCCAGUUCCCCAGGAGCUCCAGCCUCUUCUUCUCCUGGCUCUGGACGACCCUGUGAAGAGAGUUCAGAUGGCAGCAGCAGUGUGCCAGUACGCCAUGGGGACGCCAGACUCCCGAGCCCGCGUUAUUCUCCGCAAUGCACUACAUCAAGACUCUGCAGGUGUAGGUGCAGACAGCUGGGUGGCAGCACAGUGCCUGGCCGUGGAGGGGGAUCACAGUUGGCCAGUCAUUCAGAGACUUCUCUCCCAGCACUUCGUCAGUGAGGUUCACACAGAUAAUGAACAGUCAGCCGCUCUACUUGCCAGCAUCAGUAGCAAGACAACGCUAGUUCGCUCUCUGCUGGCUGAGGAGUUGAAUUGUGCCAACUGGAGGACCAGACUCUUGGCUUGCAACACUAUCUCCCAAUUGAAAGGACCAAUUAAUAAGGACCUAGCAAACAAGUUGAUCUACCUGAUGUGGAAUGACUGGAGUGGUAACGUAAAGCAGGCUGCAGCCCAGGCCCUGGGGAAACUAGGAAUGGGAAGAGAUGUGCACAACGAGCUGAGAAUGAAGCUAGAGGAAGGUCCCGCCUCCUGGAGGGUGGAGGCUCUCAUCCUCAUAGCUCAUCUGCAGAUCAUGACCGCCAAGCUGCUGCCACCCUUCCUGAAAUGUUUCGAUGACAACUUUGUGGCUGUGAGGAAACAGGCCUGUCUGACUGCUGCAGCUCUAAUUAUGAACUACAGCAUGGUCUUGGAUCGGCUGAUUCAGCUGACGCAGAAUGACCCAGCAUGGGAGGUUAAAGUUGUUGCAAUCAUUGCUUUAGGGAAGAUAGGCUGCCUCACGCCCACCCUCCAGGACCACCUCCUCUGGGCGUUACAUCAUGAGGAGAAACCCCAGGUACGCAUCGCCGCCUGCAAGGCCCUAAAGAUCCUUAAAGUGAAGGGACCAGAGCUGCAGCACCUCCUACAGGAGCGGUUUGUACUGGAACCCCACCCCCAGGUCCAUAGGCAUAUACAGGGGCUCCUGAAAAACUAUGGCUACAGUAUUGAAGGAGACAGGGGCAUGGUCCACAAAAUCAAAGAUCAGGUUCAGAGGCUAUGCACCAAGAGCAUUAUCACAGACAAAGUGCUGUUGUUGGAGAAGCUGGAGGACAUGUACCAGCAACAGAGGAAGUAUCUGGUAAAUGAGAGCCAGCCGGACACUACACCAAUAUCACAGCUGCUGCAGGAACGCUACAACAGAAUGAAACAUUGCCCUUCCACAGUAAGGCCGACUCACUCCUCAGAUUCCUCUGUGACUCAGUCUUCCUCUAAAUGCACGUUUGAAUCAAGCCCUGUAAACAAAUCCUCUCAUCUGCCUAUCAAGAUCAUCAACACUCCAUGUGGCAGUGGAGAAACUUCAGCACUCCAAGAAAAUGAAGAUAAUAUUUAAUAACCAUGACCGCAUAAAAUAAAUACAGUAUUUGUUG